CGCUCUGCGUGCGCGCGCAGCCACGGCCGACGGCGACGCCAUUUUGUCGCCGAGCUCGGUGUUUUGUUGAGCGCCGCGCGUCUAACGUCGGAGCGAAGAGCCGCCAUGCCGGCCGGGCCUGUGCAGGCGAUGGCGCCUGCCCAGCCAGCGCCCCCUGAAGCGAAACAGGUAAUUUUCGGCCUAGUCCGUUUAGCAGAAGCCCACUCUCUGAGGUUCCUUCAUCUUUCCACCCCCCCAACCCCUUUAAUGUCCAAGGCCUCCUGAAGGGGGAGGUCCUCCUCCCAGGAUGCCUUGCGGGACGAGAGCGGUGCAUGCUGGGAGGCGUAGUCUGCAGCCCGCGGAUGCGUGAAUGUCUGGGAAUUUUCUAAAGUGGGGAAUGGAGAAUGCCCCUCACAGGUUGCGUGACGGCCAGCUCCCCUCAACCCUAAACAGCCUCGGCCCAGUAUACCUGAAGGAGUGUCUCCACCCCCAUCGUUCAGCUCGGACACUGAGAUCCAGCUCUGAGGGCCUUCUGGCGGUUCCCUCAUUGCGAGAAGUGAGGUUACAGGGAACCAGGCAGAGGGCCUUCUCGGUGGUGGCGCCCGCCCUGUAGAACACCCUCCCAUCAGAUGUCAAGGAAAUAAGCAGUUAUCCUAUUUUUAAAAGACAUCUGAAGGCAGCCCUGUUUAGGGAAGUUUAUAAUAUUUAAUGAUGUAUUGUUAUUAACACUCGAUUGGGAGCCACCAGAGUGGCUGGGGAAAUGGAGCCAGAUGGGCGGGGUAAAAAUAAUAAAUUAUUAUUAUCAUCCCUGGCCAUUGGCCAUUCUGGCUGGUGAUGAUGGGAAAUGUGGUUGUUUAUUAAAUUUAUAAGCUGCCCUUUUUUGCCAUGACGGCUCAAAGCCACUUAGAAAAACGGGUUAAAAACAGAAUUCAUGCACACAUUAAAACUGGUUCAUUAAAAUAUCCUACCCACUCUAAAAGGCCAUGGAUAAUUAAAAGCCAAAACAUCUAUCCACACACACAAACACAGAGCAUUCUUUCCCAGACCCAUACUGAGGGCAGUGUGAACAAAUUAGAACAACACAGAUAAAAUGCAGAAGAUUAAGAUAUAAAAUAUAAUACUUAAGAUAAUAGUUUAACAGUAACUAAACUAUAAAAUAAUUAAAACAAUAUAAAAGCAGAUCCAUUGAAACACAUAGUGAAAACAACACAGCACUAUUAAAAAACAACAACAAUUGCUUUAAAAACCAUCCCCCAAAGCAUGUUGGAAUAAAACAGUCUUCAUCUGCUGGCAGAAAGAUAGGAAAGGGUGGGAUGGGGGGUUGAAACUGAGGUGAUAGUUACAUUUCUAAAGCCAUCCCACUAAGGAGAUUUAAACAAGGGGCUUUGAUGUUUAGCUUAGUCUUUCACAACAGAAGAAUCCUGCAAUAGAGACUAUUGCUUUGAGGGAAUACUUGAUUUUUUCCCCUCAGCAAACUGGUUUUUGAAAGAUCCUUGGUCUGCUUUCUUUUUAUGCCAUAUUCACUUUUAAUUGCAGCCAGAAGAUGAACCGAAAGAAGAAGCAACACCGGCCAAGCCCGUGGUGGGAAUUAUUUAUCCUCCUCCAGAGGUUCGGAAUAUUGUGGACAAGACAGCCAGCUUUGUAGCCAGGUAGGUCACUCUAGACUGGACUCUUGGAAUAUUAGCUUCUUGCAGUGAUAAACUAAGAGGGUGGUUGAGGCAGCCUCAGCAUGCAUAGCUAAUCAAAUGUGUUAAGGGACAAAGGCAGUGAGGACUCAGGGUUGGCAAUAUUUUUUUGUGUGGGUUGGAUACUGUGCCUGUCCUUGGUGGCUUUUGAGGAAUUUUAAAUUUUGGUUUGGUGCUGAUUUUUGCUAUAUAACCUUUCCAGAAAUGGUCCUGAGUUUGAAGCCCGUAUCCGGCAGAAUGAAAUCAACAAUCCCAAAUUUAACUUCUUGAACCCCAACGAUCCUUACCAUGCCUACUAUCGCCACAAAGUCAAUGAGUUCAAGGAAGGGAAGGCACAGGAGCCCUCGGCAGCCAUUCCCAAAGUCAUGCAGGCACAGCAGAGUGCACAACAGCAGCUUCCCCAAAAGGUAAGCGGUUCCUCUCUUGUCUUCAUCUGUCUCUUAUCUUUCAUGGUGCUGCAGGAGGGAAGGCCAACUGCCAACAAGUUUCUCUUGGCCUUUUCCUUCCAUUCAUGCCUCACUGGCAGAAGUGAGGAACUUUUGGCCCUCUAGAUGUUGCUUACCUACAGCACCCAUCAGCCCUAGCAAGCAGGGUCAGUGGCCAAGGGCAUUGUAGUUCAGCGACAUUUGGAGGACCACAGGUUCCCCAUGCCAGCUCACUGUGGAGGUAAGAACAAACUUCACCAACCUGGUGCCCUCUAGAUGGUUUGGACUGCAACUACCAUCAGCCCCUGCCAACAUAGCCAAGCCAUCUGAAGGGCACCCGGUUGGCAGAGGCUUGCUAGGAAUGGUUCUAAACCACAGAGCAGCAAAUACAGGGACACCUAACCUGUGCACCUAAGUGAGGUUGGGUAUAAGUGGUGAUCCAUUUCUGUGUUCCUUCCGCAGGUACAAGCCCAGGUGAUUCAGGAAACUGUGGUUCCGAAAGAGCCUCCUCCGGAAUUUGAGUUCAUUGCAGACCCUCCCUCGAUCUCAGCCUUCGACUUGGACGUGGUAAAGCUGACAGCCCAGUUUGUUGCUCGGAACGGCAGGCAGUUCCUCACCCAGCUGAUGCAGAAAGAGCAGAGGAAUUAUCAAUUUGACUUCCUGCGCCCGCAGCACAGUCUCUUCAACUACUUCACCAAACUGGUUGAACAGUACACUAAGGUAACAAAUCUCAGGUGCCAGGAGCAUUCAUUUGAACAAGCUGGAGGAUAGUGCUAUUUACGCAGAGCGACAUGUGCAUUUCAAAGUGACAAACUUUGAAGACUUCCUGUCUCUGUUGAAGAGAAGUGCUUGCAAGGAUCCUGGAGGGGAAAGUAGGGACGCCCCAGGCAUUAAGGUGUCCUAAUAUUGAUUGCACAUUCUUUGUAUGAUCAUGGCAAGAUAAAAACAAAAUCUGUUCCAUAGCAAACAGGGGAAGCAAUGGCAAUGAUAGCAGAAUUGUUCUGUUUUUGUUAAAAACAUAAGAAUAGCUUGCUAGAUCAUCUGGCCAGUGGCCCAUCUAGUCCUUCUCACAGUGGCCAACAAGGUGCUUGUGGGAACCCAAUGAGCAGAACAUCAGCAUUCUCCCCUCCUGUGGUUUCCAGCAACUGGCAUUCAGAAACACUGCUGCCUCCAAAUAUGGAGGCUUUGUCUAACAGUAGCUGGCUUGCCUAAGUCAUAGCUAUAUCCCUUGCCAAUUAUGGCAAAUAGUUGCCAUCUUCCCUGCAUCCUGUGCACAUGUACUGUUCCUUAAAGUGUUCCUACUUUCAGGCAUAGCUGUGCAUAGACUUGGAGAGAGAGAAAAAAGCACAGAAUUAAGCUUUUCUUUGAAACAUUGACAACUCAACAAACAAGUUUCUAGUCCUCAUGGCUGCUAAGAUAUGCUUGAAAACGUGCGGCGUUUCCCGCUGAUAUCUCAGAAGCUGAGUGGGUGGAUGAAUAAGACCUCAAGUGUCGCACAUACCUCCCAGCCCAUUACUAUGACUUGCAAACCUGGAAUAAACUAUAAAAAUAACUGGCAAAAGUUAUUUUGCAUAAAUUAUACAUACUGCAAGCUUUUCUUAAUGCAGACUAUUGAUUGCUUGGGCAAGAAGAAAACCCUAACUGGAACUGAUGUCUCAGUAGCUAUUGAAUUUUCUUUCCUAGAUCUUGAUUCCACCCAAGGGUUUGAUCAUAAAACUUAAGAAGGAGGCAGAAAACCCCAAAGAAGUAUUGGAUCAGGUAAGCAGUUAAGAGUUUUUUACAUGACUGCCCUUUGCUAGGUUUAAAUAAUCUGAAAACACUUUUGUAUCGCUUUGGAUUUCUGCCAAUAGUGCAGUCCUAUAGAGGUAUAUAUGUUACCCAGGUGUAAGCUUCACUGAGUUCAGUGGCGCUUCCUCCUAGGUAAGCAAGUGUAGGAUUGCAGUCUUACAUCUCAGUGGCCUUAUUUGUAAUAGAGGCAAGGUGGACUUUUGAUUCUCCUUUUGUGAUUGUAUCACUUCACGUUACUACCAAAGACCUUUUUAUUUUAUUUAUUGCAUAUCUAUUUCACCUUUCCUGCAAAGGGACAAACCUUCUGUGAGGUAGGCUGAGAGGUAAUGGCUGGCCCAGGUCACCCAGUGAAUUUCAUGGCUGAGUGGGGAUUUGGACCCAGGACACAGUCUAGCACGCUAACUGCUACACUGCCUCUCAAAAUAUCCCACAAUGUAUAAUUUUCAAAUGAGUCUACCAUCACCAGAUUCUUAAGUGCAGUGAUCCAAUUAAUCUGAACUAGCCUUGGUAGCCAGCCAAAAUCUGCAAUUACCACCAACCCAGCUCUUCCCAUGACCUGAAGUGGGAGGAUAUGGCCUUGUCAAUGCCUUCAAGCUGAGUUUCGGGGGCACUUGAAAGCAGUCGACCUUGAUGCUUAUCAAUAAUGUAUCCAAAAACACAGUUACUGGUUUUUUUUUAAAGUUACUUGAUGCUUUGUGCAGGCGUGUUACAGAGUGGAGUGGGCCAAGUUUCAGGAGCGAGAGCGGAAGAAGGAAGAGGAGGAAAAGGAGCGAGAGCGCGUUGCUUAUGCCCAGAUCGAUUGGCAUGAUUUUGUGGUGGUGGAAACUGUGGACUUCCAGCCCUCCGAGCAAGGUUGGGUCAUUUACUUUGCUGAAAUGCAUAGCUUGACCUCUCUCAAAGCCUCAUUGAAUACAACAUAAGAAGGCUCUGUGCAUAUGUCAGGAAGGGAAAAGCCACUUAGACUCAAUGAAAAUAUUGAAUAACUCAUCUGUUAUCCCUCCAAGGAAGCACUAUAUAGCUCCUUUCCAACAAAGUCCUCUGUAUAUUACUUUAUUUUUUAUUAUUAUUAUUAUUAUUAUUAUUAUUAUUAUUAUUAUCAUCAUUAUCAUUAUUAUUAUUAUUAUCAUUAUCAUUAUCAUUAUUAUUAUCAGCAGCAGCAUUAUCAUUAUUAUUGUAGUUAGCUGCUUGUUACUCGAAGGUCUCCAAGCUACUUACAUUUAAAAACAUAAAUAUAAACACAUUAUACCACAAAAACAGAACACAUCAACCCACAAAACAUCCACAGGAAACUUGGGCAGUAAACUUAUUAAGCUCUCAAGCCUAUUAAAAGCCUGGGGGGGGGGAGGAAUAUAUGUCUUUACGUGAUGUCAAGUAGAUAUCACUAAAGGCACCAGGUGGAUCUUGCUGGGUAAAACACACACACACAGAGCAACAACUGAAAAGGCCCUUCUUUCCCUUGUCAUCAUUCUCUGAGCCUCCCUUGGACGGGGAGUCCUGGAGAAGACUGUAAUAUACUUGAAAAGCAGGUGCAAAUAAUAUGGAAGCAGCAAGCAAGACCUGCAUUUGAACUCUGCUUCUUGAAUCCCACAAAUAUCAGAAAAAAGUGAAGCUAACAGAGCCCACAGCCCAUAAGUCCAGUCACUUCCUACUGAGGUGGACCCUUAACAAGGAGCUUGUCUAGGGAAGACACAUGAUGCUUUUUUCAGCUGUGUAACCUGUUUCACCAAAGGUAUGAUUCUGCCCCCCUCUUUUUUGCAGGGAACUUCCCUCCUCCCACCACUCCCGAGGAGCUAGGUGCUCGAAUUCUCAUCCAGGAGCGCUAUGAGAAGUUUGGCGAAAGUGAAGAAGUGGAGAUGGAAGUGGAGUCAGAUGAUGAAGAUGAGAAACAAGAGAAGACUGAGGAGGCACCAUCUCAGUUGGACCAGGAUACCCAAGUGCAGGACAUGGAUGAGGUGAGCAGUUAGUCUGCGGGAAAGCCUUUUUGGUGUGGCGAAGCUUGAAAGUAGUCUUUCUGAAUCUCUUAAUCCCCAUACUCAGUAAAGUAAUGUUCAUAAGAGUUUGUUCCUUGUGCUUCAUAGCUGGUGUCCUGGACCUUCGUGCUCUGCUGAACUUAAAUUGGGGCUCAAGUUUUAACGUCUGGUGGUGGGGGAAAGGUUCCAAAAGUUUUAGAAGAUCUUUGUCCUUUAGCCGUAAACCUACAAGGGAUGAGAGAGGGUUCUGAAAACAGUCUAGUCCGAGUCCCGUAAGGGUCCUUUGCAUAACAUGCUGCACAUUCAUAUUCCCACAAGUCUGUUGAUGGUUCGAAGUGCAGCCUUUCACAAGCUCAACACUUGAACAAGCCAGCCCCAAAGGUAUGAUAGAAUCAUAGAGUUGGAAGGGACCCUGUAGAUCAUCUAGUCCAACUCCCUGCGAUACAGGAAUAUUCACCCAUAUGGGGAUCAAACCCAUGACCUUGGUGUUAUUGACACCAUGCUCUAACCAAUUGAGCUAACUGGUGCCAGCUUAAAUUGAGGAAGGGACUUGCUUAAGCCUGGUUUGUCUUCUUAUUAAGAAAACUGAGUUGAGCCUUUCAAGAGAAUCCUGUUUCAUGAUCCUUCACUUUAAAAAAAUAUUUUGAAGGGCUCUGAUGAAGAAGAUGAGAGUCAGAAAGUUCCACCACCUCCAGAAACUCCAAUGCCACCACCUCUUCCUCCUACUCCAGACCAAGUCAUUGUCAGGAAAGAUUAUGACCCUAAAGGUAAGCUUGGGGUUAAGAUCAAGUGGGGUUUUGUGACUGGUGAAUGGGUUACAUUCCAGAUCCAGUGAUCAUGUAAAACAUUUCUAACUGUAUAUCUCUCUUUUCUCUCACUCUCCUCUCUCCAGCAUCUAAGCCUUUGCCACCAACUCCGGCCCCAGAUGAGUAUCUUGUCUCCCCCAUCACGGGGGAGAAAAUCCCUGCCAGCAAAAUGCAAGAACAUAUGCGGAUUGGGCUUCUGGAUCCCCGCUGGUUGGAGCAAAGGGAUCGUUCUCUCCGGGAGAAGCAGAGCGAUGAUGAGGUCUAUGCGCCAGGUCAGUUCAGCAAGGUUUUAGUGGUCUUUUAUCAACAUUUUUUUUUCUUGUGUUAAUCUUGAUUACAUGUUUAUGCGUGCCUGAAGGAAACUAGUCAGAUACUAAAAUGCUCUUCUGAAAUAAUUAGAAUCAUUCAGUGUUAAUAAAUUAAUAGAUAAAUGAAUUACGUUGGAUUAACUUUAGUUUUAUAAGAGGACAGCUAUCAAGCGACAGGUAGGCAUCAAAUUUCAAAAGACGUUCUGGGGGCAGGUGUGUUUACUACACUGCAAUUCAUUUGAUUCUGUAGUAAAAUGUUUAACAUAUUUUCCUCUCCAAACGGGGAUGUUCACAGCAGCUAAUAAAGGUACAUAAAAGAAAAAAUGAUAGUAAUAAUUCAAAAUGCAGUACGUACCACUAAAUAACAGUCUAAGUGACCAGGGUUACUGUAUUCUAAACAGAAUUAAAAUCAACGACAAUUACACAUUUGUAGAUCAACCACCUGUCAGCUGCUCUUGAGUUUUUUGAUGAAAGAGUGGGCUUUAUAAGCAUAAGAAAUAUAUAAAAACCUGUGUCUGGGUUGGGUUGUCCACAGCCCUGACAAAGUAGUGAAUGGAGAAGGUAGAACACUAUCUUGGCGGCCAAAAUUUUCAGAUGGCUAAAUUUUUCUGUUUGCCCAUGUUAUGGGAGUAGCGACAACAGAUGGCUUAGAACCUAUGAGCAGUGCCCUAUCUUGAAGGACAAAAAAACAAAAACAAAAAAAACCCACCAUGGCAAACUCUCCCAUUUUACUCAUACUUUCCAGGCUUGGACAUUGAAAGCAGCUUGAAACAGCUGGCUGAGCGCCGUACCGAUAUUUUUGGUGUUGAAGAGACAGCUAUCGGCAAGAAAAUUGGGGAAGAAGAGAUCCAGAAACCAGAAGAGAAGGUAUGGCAGGGAGCCAGGCUAAAAAGGCUUAACUUUUGUUAGUGUGAAAGCAAGAGGCACUAAGACUCACCUGUUUUCUGUUUUUCUAGGUGACCUGGGAUGGCCACUCUGGCAGCAUGGCCCGAACUCAGCAGGCAGCUCAGGCCAACAUUACCCUUCAGGAGCAGAUUGAGGCUAUCCAUAAGGCCAAAGGGCUGGUGCCAGAGGAUGACAGCAAGGAGAAGAUUGGUCCAAGCAAACCCAAUGAGAUGCCCCAGCCCCCACCCCUCUCGUCAGCCCCAAACAUCCAAACCAGUGCUCCGCCAAUCGCAUCAGUGCCUCGCCCGCCCUCGGUAAGCCCCACUUGCUCCAUAGGAAGCUCCUCUGCUUAACGGAGGACUUCUUCUGGCUCCCUCUGCCAAAAAGGUUUUAAUUUGCGUCUUGUCAGCUGAAUUGCCUUGCUUGGGGAAGGGUCAUGUCUCAGUGGUAGAGCACCGGCUUUGCAUGAAGAAGGCCUCUGGUUUGAUCCCCAGUAUCUCUAGGUAGAGCCGAGAGAAAUUCCCUGUCUGAAUCCCUGGAGAACUGCUGCCAGUCUGUGCCAGCCACACUGAGCUAGAUGGGCCAACAUGGCCUGGUUCAGCAUAAAGCAACUUCCUGUGUUCUUACGUCUUCUAGAUGCCACCACCUGUCCGUACAACAGUUGUCAGUGCUGUUCCCGUCAUGCCUCGCCCACCAAUGACUUCCGUGGUCCGCUUACCUCCAGGCUCUGUCAUCGCUGCUCCGAUGCCACCAAUCAUACAUGCCCCUCGGAUCAACGUGGUUCCAAUGCCCCCUUCGGCCCCGCCUAUCAUGGCUCCCCGGCCCCCUCCCAUGAUUGUGCCAACAGGUCAGUGAUGAACAAUCUCACCUCGGGCUAAAUAAGUUUUGGGAAUUGCGGAAGCCGGUCAGGAUUGCUCCUGGUCUCAGAAUUUGCUUCUGUUGGCGCAUUUUCCUCAGUGGUCCUAUAGGUACCGCGUUAAGCAGUUGCACUUUACCUGCAAGUCUUUGAUCAAAAGUUUCUGCAGGCUUCAUUGGGAUUCUCCGUACCAAAAAGCCGUUUCUUCAAUGGAAUUAAGCCCUGGAGGUCAACACCCUGCUAAAAUUUAGUCACUGCAUUUGCUGAAUGAAUUAUAACAGUUGUGUUAAAAUUGGUGACAUCUUUGGGUUUGAAAGAUGCCACAGUGACAGCUUUACCCUAUAUAUUGCCUUGUGAUGAUCACCAUGUGUCCUUUUUUAAAAAAAAGAUCUGUAGUUGGUAACAGUUAUACAGGUGACUCCUUUCUCCCAAAAGUUUGAAGUCUAGAAAAGAAAAGGGAGGAAAUGUUGGGCAGAAACAGAAUUCCUCCUCCUUGUUCCAAAUUGGUUGUUCCCCUCUCCCAAAAUGAACUCAGAAUUUCAUCUUCAUUCUCCCUAGCCUUCCAAUUCCUUUUCUCACAUGAAAGGUUAAAAAUUGUUGCAUAGUCUAUUUUUUAUGCUCCAUGACCUUUUCCUACCCAUAGCCCCUUUUCCACAGAGAAACUGAGGCAGACUGCUUUCAGUUUCUUCCAUGGCCCAAAAUCAUUCUUCCCACCAUCUAUGGGGAUGAGGGUAGACUAGAUCUUGCAUUUUCAAUCCUCUAGGAUGUUUCACUGAUGUACAAAGACUGUGGUACUGGCUGCAUUUACACAGGAGUUGGCUUGCAAGUUUUCUGUCUAAAUCAGAGACCUGUUCUUCCACAUAGGUAUGGAAAAGCACACACUGCCAACCCCAGUUCUUGAACCCAAUAAGUUGAAAGUGUGCUCUGCGACAUUACAGUAUAUUCUUGACCAUUGUGUGGGACAAAGGAGCGGCCUGGAACCUUUGUGCUUUCCUGUAGAGUUUUCCGUUUUAAAUAAUGAAAUCUAAAUAGGCACUAUUUUAUUAUCUCAUAGGUUUCAGGUGAGCUAAGCCAUUGACUAAUUAUAUUUAAUUGUUACAAUAUAGGAUACAGACAGGGACCAGUCAGCAGUCCAGGUAACUUCUUAAGUGUCAUUGUGACCUCGGAGGUAACUCAGCUAAUCACUAACCUUCAAGUCGAGCUCUUAAUUUGCAUGCCUUCACUUCUCUUGUCUGUCCAGAGUGGUACCGGGGAUUUCUGGCUGUGGUGUGCGUCUCUGUGUGUCAGUAGUUCUUGACCUUUUGUAGACUACUUGGCCUGAUUGUCGCCGCUCUUCAAAGAUUCUUGUGGCUGCAUGCUAGCUUGGGUGCCAGUUCUCCAGACACGGUUGUUUUGCAAGAGAAACAGAGGCAGGACUAGAGGAAGAGCCACUCUGUGCCCUUGGAAAGAGCCAGAGUCUUCUGUCUGUGUUUCAGUUGCUUCACACCCACUAUAGUUGUUGCAAAGUAGCUUUAAGCCCUGCCCCCCCAUCUCGCCUUUAUGGUUUGGCUGCUUUGUGUGUGGCUCUCCCUCUUUUCAAUGACCGCCAUCCAAGUUUGAGAUAAGUAGCUCAAGGUACAUAAAUAAGAUGCUGUCGAGUCACUUAGAUCCCUGGCUGUCACGUGGAAGUGUUCUUGUCUGAAAUUUUUGAAAUUCUCUUAAAUGCUUAAUACCCCAGCAAUUCCAAGUGAAAGAGUUCACAGUGGAGUUGAAAGAUCUGUGAUUUUUUUAAAAACAACAACGUGGGUGGAAAGUAGUCGCCAGACCCAAGUAUUUGAAACCCAGGGAACAGAGCAAGGCCAAAUUCACAUAUUUCAUUUUCAGCUGUACACUUCUGGUCAGGCACAUUGCAGUUGCAGCCCAGGAUAGUUCAUGGGGACCCUUAAGGAAACAAGGGCAACUUGACCAUAGCAAUACUUGCGUCAUAAAGCUCACGACUAGCAUUAACUUCCUACGCAGCUGAAACAAAGCCUAGGAAAGGGGCUUCAGCCUACUCUGGGAUAGCAGAUGCAUCACAUGUGUUUAGGUGCGUUCAUCUCCCCCCCCCCCCGCCCCAUUUAUUUAACCUUCAUUUUAUUGCUACAAAGCAGAGCUUUCUACAUUCGCACAUUUUCCUUACUUAGAAGCACUGAAGCUUAGAGUUCCAGCAGGUGUGAUGUCCUGACUUUCGCAGUGCUUGGAUAGGAGAAGCUGACAAUUUUCCUAGGCUUUUUAGCUCAACUAAUCUCAUUUUAACACAGCUUUUAUGCCUUGGGAGUUUCUACUUACUGUUGCUUUUCUUUUGGUCUCUUUUCUUUCCCUAAAGGCAAUGGUGUCAAAUGUAACUCUUUCAAGAGAUUUCCAUUCCACCUUCUUGUGACCAGGAAAUGUAUUUUAAGGAUCCAUACUUCUCUCUGGUGCCAGGGACAGACACCAUUGGAGAUUGCAAAGGCCACUGGUCCCUCCAGAGCCAUUAAACUUUUAUUAUUAAAAUCCUGCUAUUUUUAUACCCUGCCUUUCUAUAAAAAUCAAGCAAAAUUGUUGCUUACAUUUUAAAAAACCCCAUAUAAAACGCUUUAAUUUUUAAAGUAACUAAAGCUGCGUUCAAAAGAAUAAAAGGCAUUUGAUACAUGAGAAGUAAAACAUUUUUUUUAAACGAUACAACUCCACACCUUCACAGUGACUAGUACUAUGCAUAACCAAUAACACCAUUCUGAAAGUGCUUUGGUGAACGAAAAGGUUUUUAGCAUACACCAAAAACAUAAAAUCACCUUAUUUCUAAAGGCGGGAGGUGGGGAGCAGGUACAUACCCCCCCCUUAGUAGUUUCAUGCAAGCAAGCUCAUAAGUGAGUUGUUUUGCCCUUGAUUAGUGUUGGAAGAUGCUUCCACACAUGCUUCCUGUGCUGCCUUCUCAAACAGAAAUGGAGAUGGGAUAAUACCAGGCUUUUUCUACAUUUGACACCACUGCUUUGGGGUUCUGUCCACGUCUUUUGCUCCAAACGCCACACUAGUGAUUUUCUUUCAGAAUAAAUACUCUUCCCCCCCCCCCACUUCAGCUUUUGUUCCAGCUCCUCCUGUGGCGCCAGUGAGCGCUCCAGCCCCUAUGCCUCCUGUCCACCCUCCACCUCCCAUGGAUGAUGAGCCGGCCUCCAAGAAGCUGAAAUCUGAAGAGAACCUGAUGCCGGAAGAGGAAUUCCUGCGCAGAAACAAGGUGUGCGCUUAAAUAAAUAGUGGUGCUUUGAUCUUAGGCCAGAGGAAUCUUCUAGCGGGUUGGGUGAUCAGCGACCCUUCACAUUCCGAUUAAGCUGGGUUGCCAGCCUGAAGUUCUCCACUUGCAAUCUGAAUGGGGGAAUUUGCAAGGGAAAGGAAUUCAAAAGGUGGAAGGGCAGCCUUCCAGGAAGAAGCAGAGGUCUCUUUAUCUAUUUUCUCAUUGGUUCUCCCUUCUUCUCCUUUGUCAGAUUUGACAAAUUCAUGGAGGAGAUGGCUAUCAAUGGCUGCAAGCCACAAUGGCUAUGCUCUGCUUCCACAGUCAGAGGCAGUAAUGCUUCUGAAUACCAGUUGCUGGAAACCACAGGACAGGAGAGAGCUCGAAUCCUGCUUGUGGAUUUCCUACAGGCAUCUGGUUGGCCGCUGUGAGAACAGGAUGCUGAACUAGGUGGGCCAUUGGCCUGAUCCAGCAGGCUCUUCUUGUGUUCUUAAGCACACACACCCCUUAACAGUAUAAUUCUUCUUACUCCCUUAGGGCCCAGUCACAGUCAAAGUUCAAGUUCCUAACAUGCAGGACAAGACUGAAUGGAAGCUGAAUGGCCAGGUGCUGGUGUUCACCCUCCCUCUCUCUGACCAGGUAUGUGGCCCAAGCAAUGGGUGGCCAGUUUCUCUGUUGUCAAUGACUGCUUUGCUCUUCAGACAGUUAUCUGGGGUUUGGAAAGAGUAUUUUGCUUCAUAAAAUGAUCCCCAUCUUUAUCAGUGGCCAGGUGCCAUUAAUAAAACCAUCGCAAUCUAUAAAUAUUGUCUUACUACUUGUGGAGUGCAGGUGUUGCAGCAGAGAGUUACAUAUAAAAAUGUUAGAUUAUGUGGGGCGGCCCUUGAAGACUCUUCAGGAACUACAGCUGCUGCAGAAUGCAGUAGCCAGAUUAAUUGUUGCAGCCAGGUGAUUGUACCUUUUAACACCUGUUCUGGCUGCACUUUACUGGCAGCCCGUGCAUUUCCAGGCCCAAAUCAGUGUACUAUAAGGUAUACGCAGUUCAGCACCACACUGCUUAAUGGAAUGUCUCUCCCAAUAUGAAUCUACCCAUGCAUUAAGAUCUACACCAAACUCUCUCUUCAUUCUGGAGAGGUUCAGAGAGUUGCUCCCUGUUUGUAGAAAAGAAAAACUCCGCAGCAAGACCCACAUGGUGCUGAUACUGUCUUUUUUGGCGCCAGUUUAAAACUUUCCUCUGUUCUCAAGCAUUUGAUGUCAUCUAAUGGGCUGCUUUUCCCGAUCAUCAGUUUUUAAUUUUGGGGGGAAAGGCUCCUUGUAUAUUCUUCCAGUUUUUAUAUUGCUGAUUUUAAUGGGGUGUGUGUGUUUAGUAUUAAAUAUUGGAUUGCUCUUUUACUGCUUAGUUUUAAACACUGUAUAUUUACAUGUAUUUUAUAUUUCUAUAAGCCAGCUUGGGAAAAGCACCUCAGAAAUAUUAUAAUAAUAAUAAUAAUAAUAAUAAUAAUAAUAAUAAUAAUAAUAAUGCUGUUAACAUGUAAAGAUGCACAGCAGGCAUUAAAAGAGAGAACAAUGUGUGGCUGUUUAUAACCAUGAAGCAGCAGGCAAAGCUUUUACCAUUCCUGGGUGUAAAAUACCUGACCAGAUUUAACUGAUGAGUCACCAUUUGACAUCCCUGCUCCCUGAUUCAUUUCUCUCUUGAUUGAUACAGCUUUCCUUUUAUGACAUUCAUUGCAAACCUUUUCCUUUCUAUCAUGUUAUGUUUCCCAAGCAUGUGCUGUACAAGUCCCUUGUAUAGUGCCCAAUUUCAUUGAAGGUGUUUGUGGGUUUCUUCUGGUUCCUAGGUUUCUGUUAUCAAGGUCAAGAUUCAUGAGGCCACUGGAAUGCCUGCUGGGAAACAAAAGCUCCAAUAUGAGGUGGGUGUGUGGUCCCGUUGGCCCUUAAUUAGUUAGUUAGUUUGCCGUUCUUCAUUCAUAGAUCUCAGGGUUCCCAACAUAAAAAUACAAGAUACAAAAGAUAAUAAAUAAUAAAAACAAGAACAAAACAAACCAAUAACCUCUCUCCUCUCCACCGUCUCCCACAAACACAUUUAAAAGGGUAUGUAGCAUGUUAAUCAACUAAAGGCCUGGCUGAAGAGGAACAUUUUUGCCUGGCGCCUAAAGGUAUAUAAUGAAGGCACCAGCUGAACCUCCUUGGGGAGAGCAUUCCACUUAACCCUGAGUGUCUUAAGAUCCCAGCCCUGUGCCUUAUCUGUUCCCUUGCCUUUUUCAACCUUAAAUCGCAAAUGCCAUGAUUUGCAUUCCAUGCUGAGAUAUGAAGGAAGGGCUAUAACUCAGUGGUAGAGCAGUUGCUUUGCAUGCAGGAAAUCCCAUAUUCAGUCCCCAGCAUCUCCAGGUGGGGCUGCUGGUCAGUGUAACAGUGAUGAGCUAGAUGGACCAACUGUGUGACUUUGUGCAAGGCAGCUUCUUGUGGUUUCCUUCUGGUGCAAAGGGUGGGUUUUGUUUUCCUUGCCAAGCGCAAAGCUUAGCACUGUUGAGACCCUCUCGUGUCUUGUCUUUUCAGGGCAUCUUCAUCAAAGAUUCCAACUCUCUGGCUUAUUACAACAUGACCAGCGGGUCAGUGAUCCACUUAGCACUCAAAGAAAGAGGAGGUAGAAAGAAGUAGGACUCGGUUGGCAAGGCAGCUGCCACACAGCAGAUGGCACAAGACAAGCUGCCAGAAUCUGCCAGCUCCUGAGUAACAUCCGCAUGGCGUUCCCAGAUGGGCAAUGCUUUGUACCUUCAGCUUGUAUCUGGUAAUCCCUUCAGCUGGAGAAAGUUGUUCAUGCCCUUGGAGUCACUGUGAAUUAUUUUUCAAGUUGAUGUGUGUAUAUUUCAGCAGCUCGUGCUAUAUAUUCACAAUGUUAUCAGAAUCGCUGCUUGGCUAGCAUUUCUCUUCAGUGGUCUUCUGUUUUAAUUUCUUGCAACGUUUUGCCUCUGCGGCUAAGAUCUCUCUUAGCUUUGAUUAGAUCUGACCAUGUGCAUUAAACUUUUGGAAGGGGCUUGCUGGCAUAUAAGAGAAUGAUACCUUCUGGAUGAAACAUUUCAGUUUAACUUCCUUAUUCCAAAUAACUAGUGUAAUAAAAGCAUUUGUGAUUUUCCAUGUGAAAUCUCUGAGCUCUGAUGGCUUUUGCAACAACCUGGAUUUCCUGGGAAUGGUCAGACAACAGAGAUGGAAGAAGCUGGUAACACAGUAAACCUGCAAUGUGAGCUGUUAUUCAGAACAGUGGAAUCGGAAAGAAUUCCUGGAAGCGGCUUGCAUUAGCCCAGCAUAAUUUUUUACUCCCCACCCUCCUGCUUUGGAGCAACUUACCUCCAUUGCAUUGCUUUUGAGUUGAGAGAAAAAGAAGUCACUUUGUUCUUGGCUCCUGGCCUUCUGUAUUAAGUGUUUGACCAACACAUGAGGUUCAAGGGGCUUGCGCUAGAUUCCUCAGAAUCUUGCCAAGAUUUAACCCUCUUAGUUUGGGAGAUUACUCAUCCAACAAUAUGAACCUGACAAAAGUGUAACACACUUUCACUGACUUCAAUACAAAAUAUGGAAAUGAUUUUAAAUCUGUGUGUCUUUUUUGCAAAUCGCUCCUUGUCUUUCCAAGACGUACUAAAGGCUGAAAGAAGCCUUCAGAGGGCAGUAGAUUAAGAUGCUGUUCAAGUCUCCUAUCUUUACCUCCUGCAGUGCAGCCACACUUGCUUAUUGAGUCUGUAGGUUUUUGACAAUCGAAGGGUGUAAUUUUGGUGGCAGAGGCUUUUGGAGCCUUUUCUUAUCACGGCUAAAGAGUUACACAAUACAGUGGUACCUCUGGUUGUGAAUGGGAUCCAUUCUGCAGCCCCGUUUGCAACAUGAGCAGAACGCAACCUGAACAUGUGCGGGUCAUGAUUCGCCGCUUCUGUGCAUGUGCGUGAUGUCAUUUGGAGCGUCUGCGCAUGCGCGAGCAGCAAAACCCAGAAGUAACCCUUUCCAGUACUUCUGGGUUGCCGCAGGACACAACCUGAAAAGACGUAACCUGAACCGAACGUAACGAGGUAUGACUGUAGGUUCUAAAUUAGCCUGUCCCAGGCUGGUACCCUAGAGAUGUUUUGGACUACAUCUCCCAUCAGCCCCAGGCAGCAUUGCUGCUCUAGCUGGGACUGAUGGAAAUUUGAGUCCAAAUCAUUUAGAAGGCGCCGUCCUAGAGAAAGCUGUUUAAAUCAUUGAUCUUUCAACUGUUGAGGCCGUUUACUAUGCAGAUAGAUGGUAAAAAUAUUACAAAGCAAGUCCUAAAGGGCAUGCUUGGGCUAACGUUGGGUGCCAGGUCUUGAAAGCCUGCUGCUCUAAAUGCUGCACUAUGUGCUCCAACCCCCCCCCCCCCCCGCAUCUUUGGCACCUAUUGUUUAGGAGCUCACAGGUAGAGGCACUCCCUUCCAGCCUUUUCCUCCCAUACCCUUGAUCAUUAGAGAGUUGCUAGCCAGUGUGGUGUAGUGGUUAGGAGCGGUAGUCUCAUAAUCUGGGGAACCGGGUUCGCGUCUCCGCUCCUCCACCUGCAGCUGCUGGGUGACCUUGGGCCAGUCACACUUCUCUGAAGUCUCUCAGCCCCACUCACCUCACAGAGUGUUUGUUGUGGGGGAGGAAGGGAAAGGAGAAUGUUAGCCGCUUUGAGACUCCUUAAAGGGAGUGAAAGGCGGGAUAUCAAAUCCAAACUCCUCAUCUUCUUCUUCUUCUUGCUUCCCUUAAGAGUGUCCAAAUUAAAUGGCUAUCACAAAGCAGUGUUGCUUUUUCUCUCUCAGCUUUCCACAGGGCCAAAGCUUAGUGGCAGAACUCCUGCAUUGCAUGCAGAAUGUGGAGAAUCCCCAACACUUCAAGAUAGAGCUGAGACUGCCUCCUGCCUGAAAAAGGAGUUUGGGCACUGUUGUGCUAGGUCAGGGGUAGGCAACCUAAGGCCCGUGGGCCGGAUGUGGCCCAAUCGCCUUCUCAAUCCGGCCUGCGGAUAGUCCGGGAUUCAGUGUGUUUUUACAUGAGUAGAAUGUGUCUUUUUAUUUAAAAUGCAUCUCUGGGUUAUUUGUGGGGCCUGCCUGGUGUUUUUACAUGAGUAAAAUGUGUGCUUUUAUU